CUGAUUCCCCUGCUCAUUCGGUGCCGAGCUUCCGCGCGCGAACGCGUCCAAAUUUUCUUUACCAUCAUGGACGACCGUACCAUCGAUUUGAUUUUCGCCGGUUCGCUCGAAAAUCUCCCUCCAGUGAGCUCGAAAAUCGUGCGAAUUUUCACAAGUUCCACAUUCACAGAUACAACGAUGGAAAGAAACACUCUAAUGGCUAAGUGUUACCCCAGAAUUAAGGAUUAUUGCCGCGAAAAACACGGCCUUGAAUUUCAGGUGGUGGACAUGCGUUGGGGCGUCCGCGACGAAGCCACCGACGACCACAUGACCACCGAACUGUGCAUGAAAGAAAUCCAAAACUGCCAACGCCUCUCAAUGGGCCCCAACUUCGUCGUUUUCCUCGGCCAAAAAUACGGCUACCGCCCCAUCCCCACCUACAUCCUCUCCUCCGAGCUGCAGCUGAUCCGCGACGAGCUCGCCGCCACCGGCCACGACCCCGUCCUGAUCGACACCUGGUACCGCAAGGACAGCAACGCCGUCCCGCCCAUCUCCGUCCUCCAGCCCAUCUCCUCGAUCCUCACCAACUUCAACAACAAGCGCAUCCCCAAACUCCAGGCCGAAGACCAGGCCAAGUGGUGGGACACCCUGAGCAAGUUCCAGAAGCUGUUCCGCAAGGCCGCCGCCUCCUUGCACCAGCAGGGGCGCAUGGACAACGACGCCAUGCACAACUACUUCAUGUCGGUGACGGAGCGCGAGGUGAUCAACGGCAUCCUCAGCGUGAAGAACACCAAGAACCACUGCCUGGCCUACAUCCGCUACAUCAACAACAUCAACCUGCAGAACCUGAAGAAGGCGUCGCUCUUCGUCGACAUCAUCAACCGGAGCCUGGACUCGGAGUCCACCAAGCUGCUGGCGAACCUGCGGGACGAGCGCCUGCCCGCCAAGAUCGAGAGCAGCAACCUGCAGAAGUACACGGUGGAGUGGAUCGGGCGCGAGGGCCUGGACAACGACACCCACGAGGAGUACCUGAAGCACUUCAUCACGCACUUCUACAAGAACAUCGUCAAGCUGGUGGACCGCGCCAUGCGCAAGGAGGACUCCAGCGCCCAGGGCCAGAUCGUCACCGAGAUCCUGCAGCACCUGCACGCCUGCACCAACUCGGUGCGCGUGUUCUACGGCCGGGAGGACUCCCUGGAGCGCAUCCACCGGUACAUGACCAGCGACUCGGACAAGCUGCUGGUGCUGUACGGGGAGGGCGGCUGCGGGAAGACGUCGCUGCUGGCGAAGAGCGCCGGCAUGUCCACGGGGCAGGAGUGGUUCAAGGACGCGAGGCCGAUCAGUGUGAUACGGUUCUUGGGGACGACGCCCGACUCGUCGGCGCUGACGCCCACGCUGAUUUCGAUCUGUCAGCAGAUUUCCUAUAAUUUUAUGCUGCCGUUUGAUGGGAUUCCCGAUGAUUUGGUGCCGCUGACGGCGCAUUUUAAGUAUUUGCUGACGUUGGCGAGUAAGGAACAGCCGCUGUUGCUGUUUCUUGAUUCGGUGGAUCAGUUGACGGGGACGCAGGAUGCGAAUAAAGUGUCCUGGUUGCCCACGAGGCUGCCGCCGUAUUGUAAAAUCAUCGUCUCGUGUGCGUCUGAAGAGAGCAAUCCGGAGGUCUCCCGCGAGUACCACGUUUUGCGGCGCAUGGUCGACGUCGAAGAGAACUUCAUCGAAGUCAAGGCAUUAGGCGAGGAGUUGGCAAUGAAAGUGGUCAAGAUGUGGAUGCGCACGGCUUGCCGUGACCUCACCAACUACCAAUGGCGUCUCGUCUCGAACGCCAUCGAGAAGUGUAGUUUACCCAUCUUCGUGAAGCUCGUCUUUGCCGAAAUUUGCCGAUGGCGCAGCUACACCAAGUCGCAAGACACUCAUCUCGCCUCGACCGUCAUGGACUCCAUCAUGAUGUUGUUCGAACGAAUUGAAAAACAACACGGACGGAUUUUAGUUUUCCACGCUCUGGCCUACAUAACAGCGGCUAAAAGUGGCUUAUCUGAGUCGGAACUGGAGGAUUUAAUUUCUUUGGAUGAUAAGGUACUUGAUGAUGUGUACCAGUACCAUUUGCCCCCAGUUCGGAGAAUCCCUCCCUUGUUGUGGACACGAAUUCGCAACGAUUUGCCCAAUUAUCUGUCCGAGCGUGAAGCUGAUGGGGUUAGUGUCAUGAAUUGGUACCAUCGGCAGUUUCGAGAUACGGCGAAAGAACGCUACUUUAAAAACAUGAACAUGGCCAUGUAUUUCCAUUCGAUGAUUGCUGAUUAUUUUCUGGGAAUUUGGGGUGGGGGGAAUCCCAAACCGUUCAAAUAUACCGAAAUACAAAGACACAGGUUCAAUCUAACCGACAAAGAAGGCGUAGCCGAUCGUAAAGUACCAGUCCAACCCUUGGUGUUUUACUCCAAAGACGGUAAAGUCUCACGGUACAAUUUACGAAAAUUUGGCGAACUGCCCUUUCAUUUGGUACGAUCGAGGCGAUUCAAGGACUUGUACGAGAACGUUCUCUUCAAUUACGAGUGGUUACAUGCGAAAUUAUCAAGUUGCCCCCUUCAGGCCGUUCUGGCCGAUUACGAAGACGCCAGUACUCACAUUGAAGAUAAGGAUUCACGCAGGGAAUUAAUGUUGGUAGCGGAUGCUUUACGUCUCGGUGGUGCCGUUUUGGGGCAGUACCCCAACAUGCUAGCCCCCCAGUUAAUUGGUCGCCUGUUACCAGAAGUUGGUCCAAACCCAAACAUUAAAAUGUUACUGAAUGAUUGCGAUGUUAAAGGACCAAUGCAUUGCUCGCUCUUGCCCGUUUACCACUGUCUACAUACACCCGGUGGUCCCUUAAAGUACUCACUUGAAGGUCACCAGUUUGCGGUGUUUGCCAUUUGUUUAACGUCUGAUUACCGGUACGUUGUCUCGAUUUCGAACCGUUUUAUCACUUGGGAUUUAUCAACGAGUGAUUUGACACGGGAUGUUAAUCCCAACAUUGAAGGGAUUAUGCAACAGUUGGUACUGAGUCCUGAUAACAAGUGGGCUGGGGCUUACACUAACAACAAUCAGACGGUACUACUCAAUAUGUUGUCAAGCGAGUUUGUUAUUGUUGAUAAUCCGCUCCCGGAAGGUGAAAACGUUUGUGGGAUUUUUUUACUUAAUCGGAGUCUCUACAUCUAUGGUGGUACCACUUGGGUACAAUUUGAUAUGAGAGGUACCAAAGAAGAAGAAUUUGCUUCAACAGUUGAUCGGAAGGAGUGGCAAAUCCUUUCAAUGGAGUUUGAUAAUCCCACAGAUUAUAGGAUAAUCUACUGGAAGGGUACUCUCGACGAUGACAGAAUGCAGCUCCACUUGACCACAGAAGGCACAAAAUUCGAACCCUUUGAGUACCACAGUUCCGUGGUCUUGACCAAAGACAAGUCAACCCUAUAUGCUUGUAGUACCACAGAUGGUACUUACGCAGUUUCAAAAUUUACCAAGUCUGACGACACCCACCGUUGGGAAUUCGUGGAAAACCUCCCCAGGAUGAAAAACGACGAUAGCGAAGUGAUGCUACAACUGAAGCUCGACAAGUACGACAUGGUACUGUUCGGUACCACCAGCAAUGGGUUCGUUAUCUGGGACUUUAACGACGAAGGCAACAUCAGUCGGGACGCUAUCGUCCUGAAACUACCAUAUGGUACCAGGAACAUCACCACCAAAAUCCUCCAAUCGAAUUCAAUCAUGUUGAGUGGUCAUCGCAACUACGCUAUAGCAGGCGUGCGCAAAAACUUGUACGUUUGGAGUAUGGAGAGCCACAAGCUUGUGAAGAUUUUGGACGCGCAUUUUGGGCGCAUUAUACAGUUGGAAGCGCUGACUAUAGGGAAUUGGAACAGUAUUGUGACUUCGUCAAUCGAUCGGACGGUUAAAGUUUGGAAUAUUAAUAAUAUUUUUGAGCAGGUGCAUGUGAUCGACAGGCAUGAGCUUCAAGUUGAUGCCAUAAGCCUAUCUGAUGACUUAAGCCUUGCCGUAACCGUAACCCGUAACUGCGUGGGCGUUUGGGACCUACGUAUCGGUAAACUAAUGGCGAAACUCGCCGAUAGCCCAUUGGGUGCCAUUGUGACCCAUGCCAUAAUCACCCCAGAUGGUAAAUACAUAAUUUCGGCCGAAUCCGGUAACUUCCUAAUAUGGUUACGGCUGACCCAACAAGUGAUUUUCAAAGACGAACAACCCGGAAUCCGCCAAUUGACCCUAAUGGACGAUGGUACCAAAGUACUAUCCAUCUCCAAGCCCAGCAACCCACCAGGCACAGAUCUGGUGCGUACCGUGGCCACUGUAUGCGUCCGGGAAGUACCAAGUGGUGAAAUGGUGUACAGUUUCGAGUACCCAGUCAGGUCGGUAACCGGAGUACCGUUCAAACCGGCGGUUAUAACUUGCGAUAACCAACACUUGGUCGCAGUGGCUGCUGAUAAAACAAACCGCGACUGCGUCAUUGUGUACAAUGCUACCAACGGUACUCUCGUCCAUAAAAUCUCCCUAAAAAUCUGCGGCGUCAAAGAUGUGGGUACUUUGGUGGCAAUGCCGCACAAAGGCCACUUGAUCGCCGUCAUGACGAUCGACAAAGGUGCCAUCAUUGACAUACGGUCGAAAAAACACCUCCGGAGCGUCCCCAAGUGGGGGGGGAGUGUCACCAAGGACGGAAAGUACGGCCUUUAUGCCCCUUCCAGAGGCGGCCUUGAACUCCUCGAGCUCAAAAAAGGACAAACCGUGCGCACGUUUAUCCCAAAAGUCGCAGAAGGCGUCUUCACUAUCAUUUGCCUCUUCAAUAAAACAGACGAAUAUGUUUUGUACUAUCACAGUGGGCGUAAAACUUUGCGAGUUUUUCGGACUUUGGACGCCACCAUGGUGGCAAACUACCGAGUCCAGGCUGAGUUGACCGCUGUGGAAAGUACCCCAGAUGGGAAGGCCCUGGUUUUGGGUACUGUUGAUGGGUGUGUCUCGGUUUUGGCAAUUGUGGACACUGAUAAGCAGGAGAUUGACGAGUAUUUGGCCGAAAUGCCCUCAAGGGACGAAGAAUGGAAGAAGAAAGUGAAUAGAAUGAAGGCUGCGACGAGGUUUAAGGCCGUUGGGUCAAUUGCCAAGCUAUCGACUGUUUUUGGGGGCAAUGGUAAUGCGAUUAAUAAUAAUAUCGUGGAGGAAGGGGGGGAGGAGGAAGUGACAGUAGAGGAGUAACAAAAAAAAGGGGUUUCAGCUGCUUAUUUAUUUCUUUAAUUAGGAGUUUAAUUAGUUAUUACAGCAGACAAUCGUGAUACAAAUCCAGUGUGCUUGUUAUGUUUUGUUGCAAUGGUCAAUAAAUAUAUUUCUUGUUCUCA